AAUUAAAAAUUAAAUUAAUUACACAUUUAGACAUAAUUAAUUAAGAUUGAAAAUUGGAAACCUAGACCCUACUACAAUAUUAAAAAUUAAACAGUAACUAUUAGAAUAUGUUUAUGAUGGAAACUAAAGUUACACAUUAGAUCUUAUAGAUCCACCUUGAGUAAUAGUAUUGUAUAGUGAUAACUGACUAUAUAGUGACUAGAUAAAGGAAAAACGUCAACAUGAUGCAUUAUAAACUAAUCUUCUUAUUUUAUUCAGUGUUUAGUGGUAUUUACUGUUCUGAUUCAAGUUAUGAUUCAAUAACUGACAUUUAUUUAGAACAUGAAUUGAUUCCCAAUGCUGGUUUCACAAAACGCAGUUCUAUUCUUGUGAAUUUGGAGUCUAGGAAUGAUGUUGUAUCUACUACAUCUAUUAAUGAUUCAGACAUACAGUUAUUAAAACAAUUAGCAUCUAAAAAUGAAUUAUACAGAUUAAAAGUGACUGUCAAAACAUUGUCUGGCAAAGAAAUACAUUUUCUCACUUUUACUAGAGCAUGUCUUAUCGUUGGAUCUAAAUUAAAUGAUAUACUGACCCUACAUUUGGAUCAUUUAGACUCUCCGUUUGCAGUUAACUUAGCUACUACAUCUAACAACUGCAACAGUUUUAAUGAAUUGAACACUAGUGACUAUACAACUACAGUAUUUUUCAGAAGACCAGAAAGCAGUCCAGUACCUGAUACUGCAACUUAUAUUCAGAAAAUGGAACGUGAACGUGACGCUAGGGAAAAAGGAAAAUCAAGCAAUAAUAAAUCAAUGCUUGGAAAAUAUUGGAUGUAUAUAUUACCAUUAGUCAUAUUUAUGAUGAUUGCUGGGGCAUCAAAUCCAGAAGCAAGACAGUAAAUUGAAAAACGUACUUCUAAGUUGUAUUUAUUUUAUUACAUUCUUUAAUCAAUUAAUGGGACUAUCCCAUUAGUGUCUUUAUAUUCAAUCUAAGUUUCAUAAUAUGUACAUUAAGUGAUAUUA